AGUGUGUUAGUGGCCUUUGUGCAAAAGUAUAGUCGAUUGGGUUGCUUUCAAAUUUUAUGUUAAUAAAUUAUACAUAAUAUUAUAAUAUUAAAUCAACUACAGAAUUUGUACAUUUUGUAAAAACCGUGUGGUGUACUGAAUUUUGAAAAGGAUCCAUAAACAAUUAUGGAAGUCACUGCUGAAAAUAAAAUCGCAAAAAGCGAUUCAAAUCAAGAUGUAGUAGUUGCAUCGAUUGUGAAAGAUAACACAAAUAAUGUGGAUGAAAUCGGAAUCCAAAAAGUUACUGAAUUGAGUGAGAAAAACGAACAGAAGAGUUCAGAAUCUUCUGACGAGAAUGAUGUUGGUACUACUGUAACUGUAGUUGUAACUAAAAAACAAAGUACGCCAAAUGAGGAAACAGCCGUAGUUGUCGAUAAAACCUCAACAACGCAGAAAGCGCAAGAUACUGAAAAUAUAAAAGAUGAUGUCGAUAACAAAUCAAUUGACAAUGAUAACAAAAGUGAAGAUAAGGAAGAAGAAGAUAUUGAAGAAAUAAAUGAAGUUGAUGGAGAAUCUUCGGAAGAAAUUGUUGAAGAAGUUGUUGAAGAAGAAGAAGAAGAAGAAGAAGAAGUUGUUGACGAAGACGAGACAGAAAGCGGUGAAACCCAUAAAAAAGAAGAAACUGAUGAAAACGAAAAGGAUGAUGACAAAUUACAAAAACAAGAAGCCAAUAUCAAUGAAAUUAAAAGUAACGAAAAAGAAAAAUGUGAUGAGUUAGAAAACAGUGAAAAACUAGAACUAAGAAAAAAUAUUGGUGAGGAGGAAGUGACUCAAAACGGCGAUGAGGAAUUAAAAGAAGAAAAUCAAACUGCGGAUGAAAUCGAUUUGCCAAAAGUGGUUAAUCAAAGCACAAUUAAGGACAACACAGGAGAAGAAGAACAAAGAAAAAAGGAAAACUUCAGUAAUGCAAUAAAAGAAAUCAUUUCAGACAUUGAUACUGAUAUAAGUGAGCAAUCGCAUAUUAAUUCGAUCAGGCAACAGAAAGAGGAACUCUUAAAAAAACAAAAAGAAUUAGCCGAACAAAUAGAAAUACAACAAUUAUUAGCGAAACAGUUGGCUGAGGAGAACCUGAGACAGCAACAACAACUAAAGGAUAGAGAAGUAUUGUUGAAGCAGCAACUUAAAAUCGAUGCACAAAUUCAACAACAACAACAACAAAAACUAGAACAACAACAACAGCUAGAACAACAACAACAGCAGCAGCAACAACAACAACUGCAACAAGUUACCACAUAUCCUGAACAAAAUGUGUCGGAAUUUACUUCGUUCGAAGAAAGAUACAAGGAUGGUAACUUGACUUGCACUAAGGAAAUUGAGUCGUACAGGACCAAAGAAACAUCGAAUGUAACCAAUAAAAUAGAUUUGCGCAAAAUUUUUACACCAGCUACAGACACUGAGGAAAUUCAACCGAAAAAUAGAAAACUAUAUGCUUCUUCGGCGUUUUAUUCUCCCACCUUACAUCCGACAGUGGAGGAUCAAGUUGAACUUGCCCGCAGAAUAUCCCAUUCCCUCAGCGACAUAAGUAAUCAAACAUCGAAAGGACAGUCUAUGUAUGUCAAUCGAAAAAAACGAUCAGUUAAAUGGGUGCACGAGGGGUGCGGUCAAGAUGUUGAGGAUGAGUUAAAGGAAAACAAGGAAACAGUUAGCGAAUCAUCACCGAGAUCAACUCCAGAUCGAAUUCCUCUAAGAUUAUUAAUGAAUCCAAGAGGGCAAACGCGUGAUUUUGAUUUAUUGCGGGAUUCCUUGAAUACAGAAACGGGACUUCUUUCACCUGAUAAAUGUGCUGAAGUUGUAACGGCAUUACAUACGCAUCAGGGCAAAGGUGCCGAGCUUUUUGCCAAACGCCGCAAAAAAGCAGAAAAAUGGGUAGUUGAUGAAACCAACGCUGGUAAUUAUAGUCCAUCUGGUAUUCCAGAUUACCAACAGUAUCAGCCAAAAUCUACAGUCUUACCAAGUGUUUUGCCUGCUUAUUCUGAAGUAGGAAAGCAUCGUUUAAGAAACAAGAUGCAUCAAGAGAGUGUACUAGAAAAGUAUGCAAAGCCUGGAUUGAAAGUUGUUACAUCACCGUGGGAGGCCGCUUUAACAACUGGAUCAGCCAGUACAGCUUUUGUUGAAGAUCAAAGACGUUCACCUUAUGUAUCUACACCAACUUUAUUGCCCGCAACAGAACCCGAAUAUGUAUGCGGUGAAACUCCGCUGCUGAAAUCUUCCGCACCCGGUUUUGAAGAACUUGCAUAUGAAAAGAAUCGAACUGCAAUCCAAUCUCCAAAAGUGGCAAGCGUUAGUCAUCAAAAAGAUUUGGCUUAUAAACCAAGUGUACCACAGGGUUGGAAUGCACCAUGUGUCACCUUACCUAAAGCUACUUAUCAUCAAAAUCAAAUCGAAUACCAUGAGCAAUCGCUAUCACAUUCAACUCAGGAAUCACAUUCGCAGUGCCAGGUUUCUGAAAACGAUGAACAUUGCUUAGAACCUAUGUUGAAGUCGCUUAAGUCCUCAGACUUUUCACAUUCUAAUCAGGUAAUACCUGAGAAAUAUACCGAUCGUGCUGAAAUUGGCUUACACGAACACCAGGAACCACAAGAACAACAUCCGAAAGAAGACUUCAUAAAGAAAGAAAUUUAUGAUUUUCCAAAAGUUAUCGUUAAAGACUUAAUUUUAAAUUUUGAAAACCAUAUCAAUGGAUUUGUGCAACCGAACGAUAUUGUUAAAUGUGAUAAGAAGGAAAAGGAAAAUAUGUUAAAAAGCAAAAGUAUUCAACAUUCGCGUUCAUCUGAAACACUUCAAACAGAUCAGUUUCAAAUAUGUAAUGAAAUUAAGAUUGACAAACUAUAUCAAGAACCAACAGAUUCAUAUGAAGAGCUGUAUGUGCCAAAGGAUAUACCUCUAGAAAGCUAUGCACCACCACCAACAUCUUCACCGAUCAAGACAAAUUAUAAUCAUGAAUGGAAACCAUCAACUAACUUCCUUGGUUCACAGUUUUCUGAGCUUUCUCGUAACAACGAACCUACACAUUCACAAAAUGUUUGUAAUCUUCCUACUUAUAGUCCCUUAAUUUCUAAUAUACCAAAAGAACAGUCAUGCGUACAAAAUAAUUGCAUGACUGCACCGCAAAAUAUUCGUCAAGUAAAUUUCAGCCCAUCUCCUCUACCUUACGAUAAAUUGGCUAAAUUUGAUAGUCCAACAAGCCCACCAUCUUUUAAUAACAAUUAUACAGGAAACAGGUUAUCUAGGUCAAAUUUGACAAUUGGAAGCUCUGCUGUUCGCAAUAUAUCACCUAAGCCAUUUGGACAUGUUGCAUCUGGUACGAUCUCUCCAAAAUUGGGUGCACCCUUAUCUCCAAAUUACUCCACACCGGUAACAGCAACUCCAGUUAAUCAAUAUUAUAACACAUCUGGCAGAAGUACGUCCCAAAAUAUUUCAUCAUCCAAUAUACUGCAUGGAAGUAAUUUCAACAAUUCGGCUCAAGGUUGGCAGAAGAAAGCUCCAACAGCAGUCAGUCAUGCACCUUUAAAUACGCAAUUGCAUGUUGGUGGAAAUUUGCCCUAUACAGACUUUUGAAAUGUAUUCUAUUCAGUAACACUGAAAAUGUUUUAUAAAUACAUGUUUAUGUAUGUGCUGUUUGUGUUUUUUGCGUUAAAUAAACGAAAUAAAAUAUA